AUGUCUCUUCUAGAAAGAGUUAGUCACUUCUUUGACAAAUACAGGCAAAACGAUGGGAAAGGAGAGCAUAUUUUAAAGUUAUUAAGACAGAACAUUUCCUCCUCUUUUAAGAAGUCUUCUAUAGGUAAGUGAACGUAACUAAUUGAGCUUAAAAUUGCCCGGUGUUUUUAAGCACCGGUCAUCACAUGUUCAUAGCAUGCAUAAUACGACUUUCGUCUAACGUUUUUAACUUUACAUUUUUUGGUUAUUGUAGUGAAGUAUACGAAGUAUCAAGAAGUUCCGGAAGAUGAAUUCAGUGGUUGGUUGAGCCUGCUGUUUGAGGAACGUGGUUUAGAGCGGUUAACGACAGAGCAAACAGAAGAUAUUAGACAGCAAUUCUGUGUUUGCUUG